GUGACUUGUAUGCUUCUAACCUAUGCGCCAAUAUUAAUAUGGACUCUCAAGGAGUUCCCAUGGCCGACAACACCUUAGUGCUGGGACUGGCAGCGACUGAGAUCAACUAUGAGCAGCAAGAAGUCGAAGAGACGGCAAAGGGAGCCUCAGUAACAUAUCCGAUUAUAUUUCUCAUGGGUAUUUUAGCAAACUCUUCCGUUCUUAUUACCAUUAUUUUUGGUCACAAAUUGACCCGAACUAUAGUUCUCAUUGCUAACAUGUCUACAGCCGACCUUUUGUUAUUAUUUACAGGCUGCUAUCUCAGAUAUUACGACCGAUUUGUUUCAAUAGCAAACACUCCUUUUUGUAAAAUUUUCAAUGCCGCCGAUAUAAUGUUCCUACAAAUUUCAAGUCUCACAAUUCUAGCAAUGUCCUACGAGCGACUAGUUAAGGUCACCGAUCGAGGCCAUUUGACCCGAGAGAGCAAAGCCAAGCCUCAAAUUGUAAUCUGUGGGCUUAUUUGGCUGUUUGCUUUCGUCAUAUCUCUGCCCGCUGCUUUUUACGCCGAGCUCCAUAGUAACGUAAUCGCAUGUGUUUCAACAUACUCAGAGUCGGUCGGAAUCCGAUACAACUCGGUACUAUUUGCCACAACUUACUGCAUUCCAGGAAUCCUGAUCGGAGUAAUCUAUACAGUGAUCAUCUUCAAAACCAAAUCGGUACUUUCGCUUGUAUCCAGCAACACAAUCCACCAGAGUCGAAUCUUCCGAAUGCUUGCGGCUUUAGUAGCUCUUUUCUGGCUAUUUCACUUUCCUUUCUGGCUCUGCCUCUUCCGAGCUAUUUUCAGCCCUCUAAACUACCACUGCUCUGAGUUUUGGAUGGAGAGUGCGAUUGUGUUCACGUAUGCGAAUGCGGCUGUCAACCCAUUUCUAUAUGCUAUCAUCACAACUAGCAACUGUACAGUUUCCAGUUUGUCUUGUGAUUUCGCGCCAGAAGAGGAUGUAUCUUGCGACCGAGAAGAUGACGAAAAUGAGAGCGGAGAAGGAGAGGAUCGAAGCGGACAAAGUGGUCAAGUACCCACCCGACAACAUAACAACCACCAUCACAACCCCCACAAUCAGGGAGGAGUUCAGGGCCAAAUGAAGACAGAAGAAAUAGUUCUAAAUGAUUACACAGGCAAUGGCCAAACAUCAGGGGCGAUGAACGGCAGCCAAUUAAAACUGAUGAUCGGAGAAGCAUGCGUGACCAAAUUCGAUGUCUAAUUUUUAUAAAUAAGUUUGAGAAGAAUGAAUGCAAGAGCUUCAAUGAUUAGAUGCCGCGCAAGUUCAUUUAAGUGUUCCGACCACAUCCAUUUAAGCUUUUUCAUAUUUUUGUUUCGAAUUUUUUAAGAUGUUUUGGUUUAUUGGUAUUCGUUCACUUUAAGACCGUAAGAUUGUGUAUUCGAUCCCCUGCCAUGGCAGUGAUAGUGUAAGGACGAGCUCUCACUCAACCUCUAGCUUCAGGUCUACCACAGCCUGACCGCUUUCGGCUGCAAUAGUGGUACCACGAGAAAAGUCUAGACGCAAAAAAAAACAACCUUGAGUUGCAAAAAAAGAGCUUCGCUCAACAAGAUAGCUCAGUCUGGAAUGUGGGGAAUUAGGAUGA